AAAACACUUAAAAUUGUCUGUAAACAUUAUUGGUCUCAUAUGCUUGCAAAUACAGUUAGACAAAAGUUGGCAACAAAGAAUACAAGAAAGCCCCUGAAACAAUUAUGAAUGCUAGAAGAAAGUUAUCAAUCGUAUUUAUUCACCUUAAGAAACAUCGAUUGCUGCUAAGCGUUCUUGUUGGUGUGUUACUUGGAAUCAUUAUUGGCAUUUCAAGUCAUGAUGCUGUACAAGAAUCUGAAAAUCCAACAGCCAGACGACUGGCAAUGUAUAUAAAAUUUCCUGGGGAACUCUUUAUACGCAUGCUAAAGUUAAUCGUCGUUCCAUUAAUAACAUCCAGUAUCAUCGUGGCCUUAAACGAUAUUGAUAUUAAAAAUGCUGGCCGUCUUGGUAAACGGACUAUGAUCUACUAUAUUUCUACGACUUUACUAUCAGCCAUUCUCGGUUUAAUCCUUGCAAUGAUCAUAAAACCGGGACAAGGUCUACAUAAAGACGUCAAAAAUCUGGAUAAAAUUAAUAGAAAGUCAAUUGAUUCUUUUCUGGAUCUCUUAAGAAAUAUUGUUCCUGAUAACCUCGUAGAAGCAUUUUUCAGAUCGGUCUUUACCAAGUACAACAAAAAUGAGGAUAAUUAUAGAUAUGGUUAUAAGAAUAUCUCAAACAUGUCCGCGAAAGCAUUGAUAAAAUUUCUCCAAAGAGCAAAAAUUGUUCAGUUAAAUGAACAAAAUGUUACUUACAUUAUGAAAGAUGUCACAUAUAAUUAUGGUGGUACAAGUAAAGGUGGUGGAACAAACAUGAUUGGUUUAAUAACAGUUUCUAUUGCUUUUGGUAUUGUUCUUAAUAUCAUAAAAGAUGAUGGUAUUCAUUUGGUAAACAUUUUUCGAUCUCUGUGGAGUGCAACUAUGAAGCUCGUUGAAAUUAUCAUGUGGUUAUCUCCUGUUGGAAUAUGCAGUAUUAUUGCUGGGAAUAUUGUUGAAGCGAGUGAUAUAAUGUUGUUGUUUAAAGCAAUGGGUCUUUUCGUUCUCACUAAUGUUGUUGGUCAUUUAAUACAAGCAAUUAUAAUUUACCCAAUGAUUUAUGCUGUAUUUGUUCGUGGAAACAUUUUAAACCAUUUGAAAGGAAUCAUGCCUGCUUUAUUGACGGCGUUUGGUACUUCAUCUAGUGCUGCAACAUUGCCUACAACAAUCCAGUGUUGUGAAAGAACAAAUAUUGACACUCGAGUUACACGCUUCGUUUUGCCCAUUGGUGCUUCAUGCAAUAUGGAUGGUGCUGCUAUAUACUAUGCAAUAGUCGUUCUCUUUGUGGAGCAAAUUGAACCGAACGUACAACUUGGCAUUGGUGAAAAAAUAAUGACCGUUUUUAUUUGUACCGUGGUUUCAAUUGGUGCCGCUGGCAUUCCUAGUCCUGGGCUCAGCAAUCUUAUAAUUGUGCUUGAAGCAGUUGGGUUGCCUAUUGACAAAAUUGGACCAAUAUUUGCUGUUGACUGGCUUUUAGAUCGACUUCAGACAACUAUAAACGUUAUGGGAGACACGUACGCAGCUGCGUUUGUCGCAAAAUAUUCCCAAGAUGACCUUGAAUGUGAAGAGGACAUUAGUAAUCAUAGAUGUGAUACGUUAGACAAGCAACUACAGGACUCUGUAGAAACUUGUAUGUAGGUAAAAUGUAUUGCAACAUUGAUCAAUAAACAGGAUUUGCUACAAAUAUAGUUUACUAAAACAUAACGCAAAAAACAGGAUAUGUUAUAAAAUAGUUUAGUCCUUUCACCCUUGACUCUUAGUAAGUACAAUAGAUUAAAAAACGAUUGGUUUUAAUACGAAA